AUGCCGUCCACGUACCCCCGAGUGAAAUCCGACGGCGAAGCCUCCGUACGGCGCUGCGGCUCCGUUUCCAGCUUCCUUCGGCUCGGCUCGCCUCCUUUUCAUCCUUUCGGAGUGGCUCAGCUUCCUCGAGCCGCCCUUCCUGUCGCCCGCCACUGCCGCUCCUCCUGCCACUGCCAGACCGCGCCGCGGAUCCCCGACGCCGGAGCAUCCGCGGAUCCCCAUUGCCGGAGCCGCCGCAUCCCCUGCUCCCGGCGGUGCCUCGCCCCCGCGCGCCCGAGCUGCCCUCCCCAUCGCUGGAGCAUCUGCGGAUCCCCAUCGCCGGACUGGGCCUCCUCGCAGUACUCCGGGAGGUCCGUGAUCCUGCUGCGAAGCAAGCCGACGCACCUCACACUGCAGUUAUGCCACCUCACGUUGUUCAUCCGCGGCGGCCGGCACGGGCAUCUGACCCCUCUUGUCACAGACCUGCUGCGCAGCAGCGAGGGCCUCGACGUUGUGGUCAUCAGGGCGGACUCCCCAGGAUCAAAGAUUUUUGGCAAAGACAGCAUGUUCUCGUCGCCUGUGUCUUGGUGCUUGCUGCUCACAAUCUGAUGUUAAAUUGUUCAAGGAUAGGACUACAAAUUGUUUCUUAGUUAUUUAUAUUUAGUGGCCUCAAACCUGAUGUCGAGGAAGGCUCUAAGCCUGAUGUUGUGGCCUAAUGUUUUUGUCCAAUUGCAUAGUACCAAAGAUGUAUAUAGUGCAGGGCUCAAAUUGUACAAUAUAUGGAUGUAUUACAAAAGUGUUACUACUCUGAAAUAAAUAUGGAUGUUCUUGAACAUGUGAUUUUCUCUCA